CCAUGACCGCCUUCAGUAGCCGGAAUCAGACGCUCGAGAUGCCGAUAGAUUAAUUAAACUCGAGACUUGCUAAAGUCAACGUGUUAAAUCGGCUUUUGUUGCCGGAAAACCGAAAUAUACCACCUCAAAUACGUUUAAACGGAAAGAGAGUGUUGAUUAGACUCAUAGAGGGGAAAAACAGGUCAUAGAAGUGAAUUCGUGUUUGUUGUUUCAUUUUUCCCCAUUUGCGCUAUAAUGGGAGAAGCUGGCGGUCGUUUCCAAACAAGCUCUUCAACGGACAAAUCCAACUAGACUUCAUUUACGUAGACGUUCUGUUGAUCGAGCGGCGCGCGUACACAAUUCUUCACUUUUAAGAUCGUUUCCUCUGAAUCUGUCUUAUCAGGGUGUUUUCGGGAGAAACCGUGAAACAUUUCCUGCUAUUCUCGGGCAGCGGAGAAUCUUUUGGUUUAUUCCGAGCUCAGGCUGAUGGAAUUGCGCUGAGCAACGACUGAGAAAACGAGGAAAUACCCACACGUCUCCUAUAUACAGACCUCGGAUUUCUGACUGCGGCUCAUUCCCAGGAUCUGCAAUCAUCUGCGUAACCUCUUUAACUGACCCCAUGAGGACGGCUGAGGGAGAUGGAACGUAACAGAUUUUUCUUCUUUACUUACUGCGGCAUUACCACGAUAACCCACCAGGGCUGAGCACAACCUCUGCCCUUCUUCCACCCCAACCCUUCCACAGUCCCCCCAUUCCUGUCCUCCCUCUUACUCCCUGAAAGGACCAAACAAACCAGCAAGAUCACUUUUUCUUAUUUUAUUAUAAUAGUUUUACUUUCCUUUGUCCUUCACCCAUGAAAAAGCAAAGCAUAGGUCAAUAAACCAGCGUAGUGAAGAAGGAGAAAACAAGACAGUCAUGUAUCUGUCCAAUGCCUGUAAACGUGAUUUGGGCCAUGCCCGCAAUUCGGAGGCCACCCACGCAAGUACUCUCCUCUGGUUGGCACUGUGGAUUACCUUGGCAUCAUGUCAACGCAUUGAUCCCGGCACCAAAUAUCCCACUGUCACCACAAACUACGGCAAAUUGCGCGGGAUUAAAAAAGAUCUUAACAAUGAGAUUUUGGGUCCCGUGGAACAGUACCUUGGUGUCCCCUAUGCCACGGCGCCGAUCGGAGACCGUCGUUUUCAGCCACCAGAAGCUCCUGGGUCCUGGCAGGAAGUGCGGAACGCUACACAGUUCGCCUCUGUUUGCCCGCAGAAUGUGCAUGGUGUUUUGCCCGAGAUCAUGCUGCCUGUGUGGUUUACCGACAACUUAGAUGUGGCCGCCACCUACAUUCAGAAUCAGAGUGAAGACUGUCUCUACCUCAACAUCUAUGUGCCCACAGAGGAUGGUCCACUCACAAAAAAACAUGAUGAAUCGACACUGAACCAGCCACGAGAUGAAGACAUCCGUGACCGCAGGAAGAAACCAGUCAUGCUGUUCAUUCACGGCGGCUCUUAUAUGGAAGGAACCGGAAACAUGUUUGACGCCAGUGUUCUUGCGGCAUAUGGGAACGUCAUUGUAGUCACCAUGAACUAUAGGCUGGGAGUUCUGGGUUUUCUUAGCACAGGAGAUCAGUCUGCUAAAGGGAACUAUGGCCUGUUGGAUCAAAUCCAGGCCUUGCGUUGGCUGAAUGAGAAUAUUGGACACUUCGGUGGCGACCCUGAACGGAUCACUAUCUUUGGCUCUGGGGCUGGAGCAUCUUGUGUCAACCUACUCAUCCUGUCCCACCACUCUGAGGGCCUGUUUCAGAGAGCCAUUGCUCAGAGUGGUUCAGCCAUCUCCAGCUGGUCCAUUAGCUACCAGCCCUUGAAGUACACUAAGAUUCUGGCCCGUAAAGUGGGAUGCACAUAUGGGGAGACCGCAGACCUGGUGGACUGUCUCCGCAAGAAAAAUUUCAGAGAGUUGGUGGAUCAGGACAUCCAGCCGGCCCGCUACCAUAUUGCAUUUGGACCUGUGGUGGACGGAGAUGUUGUGCCAGAUGACCCCGAGAUCCUGAUGCAGCAGGGGGAGUUCUUGAACUAUGAUCUUCUGAUUGGUGUAAAUCAAGGGGAGGGGCUGAAGUUUGUGGAUGAUGGGGGCACUGAGAGUGAAGAAGGGAUUUCCGCUGCAGCUUUUGACUACACCAUCUCCAACUUUGUGGAUAACCUCUAUGGAUAUCCUAAAGGUAAAGACAUCCUGAGGGAGACUAUUAAGUUCAUGUACACAGACUGGGCAGACCGAGACAAUGGGGAAAUGCGGCGCAAGACUCUCCUUGCACUAUUCACUGAUCACCAGUGGGUGGCGCCAGCCGUCGCUACUGCCAAGCUCCAUGCAGAGUACCAGUCUCCCGUCUAUUUCUACACCUUCUAUCACCACUGCCAAACAGAGACUCGACCCGAAUGGGCAGACGCUGCACACGGAGAUGAGAUACCAUAUGUUUUUGGUGUGCCCAUGAUUGGAGCGACAGACCUCUUCCCUUGCAACUUUUCCAAAAAUGAUGUAAUGCUUAGCGCUGUGGUGAUGACAUACUGGACCAACUUUGCCAAGACCGGGGAUCCUAACCUGCCUGUUCCUCAGGACACCAAGUUCAUCCACACCAAGCCCAACCGCUUUGAGGAAGUAAUCUGGACCAAGUUCAACUCUAAAGACAAGCAGUAUCUCCACAUUGGCCUGAAGCCUCGCAUCCGGGACAACUACCGAGCAAAUAAGGUUGCCUUCUGGCUGGAACUGGUUCCUCACCUCCACAAUCUUCACGAGGAGGUCUUCAGCACCGCCACAACCCGGCUGCCUCCAGGAACCGCCCGUACCCCAAUCUGGAAGGGUCAGGGACCCCGUACGACACGCCAUCCCAUCCCAACCUUCCCUACAGAACUGGAUCCAGAUGGCUCAGAGCCUCCUCGAUUUCCUCCCUUCCCAGGCGACACCCGGGACUACUCUACGGAACUGAGCGUGACGGUAGCUGUUGGCGCAUCGCUCCUCUUCCUCAACAUCCUUGCCUUCGCUGCACUUUACUACAAGCGCGACAAACAGCAUGAGAUGCUACGGCACCGCUUAUCCCCGCAACGAGGCGUACCUGCUAAUGACUUAGCACACAGCCAAGAGGAAGAGAUCAUGUCCCUGCAAAUGAAGCACUCGGAGCACGACGCCCACCACGAUAUGGAGCCAUUGCGACCGCAUGACAUUUUACGCCCCACAUGCCCACCCGACUACACGUUGGCACUGAGACGGGCGCCCGACGAUGUUCCACUAAUGACCCCUAAUACUAUCACCAUGAUUCCUAGCACCAUCACCGGCAUGCAACCCCUCCAUGCCUUCAACACUUACCCUACAACCACCGGCCACAACAACACCUUACCCCACCCUCACUCCACCACCCGUGUAUAGUAGAGCCCCCAAACGAGAGGACUAGCUCUCAUACAUAUCCAGUUUUCUCUCUCUGUCCACCUUUUCAAGCUCCUAAACUUAAGAUGCUCUCGGUUCAGCUGCCUAGAGCAGUGACAGCGCAUCCUGUUGCUGUUCUCAUAGACACAAUCAAUUUUGUAGAAGUGUACACACUAGAGGAGCUCUGUUUAUAGACUCUACGGUGAGCAACAGAUUCGGUCGGCAGUGACUCAUAACUUGCUGUUUGUUUUUCCACAUUGUUUGUAAAGAAAUGGGGCGUCAGUGAUUGACUAAGCUGAUCUGAUGUCAGGAGGGGAAAUUAUGAUAUUUUCCAACUUUUCUUCUUUCACUAAAUUGGCGGAGUGCAGAUUUCAUCCAUUCUUUUUGUCAGUCUCCUUUGUUAUUCCAUUACCAGCCCAUCCCUCUCUGUCCUAAUGUGAUCUGUGUCCUUGGAUUAUGUUUUACAUGAAUCAUAGGGGCAUUCGAUAAAAGACGGAAGCUGGAUAUGUUGUGUUUACCUGCAGUAUAGUGUCAAGUAUUAAAUCAUACCUUGUAACAAAAGACGCAGCGAAUGAGAGAAAAUGACAACGUCUGACAGAAGACGAAAUCAAAAGUGCCAACCUCCUCUGUUUGUGUCAUUUUAUCACACAUAUUUGACUUGGCUAUGUGUUGUUUCUUAGGAAGAUUUUUGUAUGUAUAAAUAUAAAGACAAAUAUAUAAAAGA